AUGACGUCGCAGUACACGACUCGACGGAAUGGGUCCAUGGCAUUUUCGGCUCGUUCAAGUGCUUCGGUGACGACUUCCACCAAUGUUACAACGAGUCGAAACUAUCGACCAUUAGGUGUCGACUCCAUCGGUAUUGGACCUCUUCCUCCACUUAUUUUAUCAGUCGAAGAAGCCGAUCAGCUUGAACAUCUUGCACAUUCCGUCAUGAAACAAACGCUUACCGACUAUUUGCACUUUCGUGAAGUUCGUAAACGUCGAUUACUUGAUGAACAAUGGAAAGAAGUUCGUCGUCAUGAGAACCUCGUGGCAUUUAAAGAACGAGAUUCAUGGCGACAACAACAUCAGACUUUGUCGACACCUGAUGGACGUCUUGAACCGGUGAUUUCUAAAACUUCCGUGCCUACAGUGUUAGUACUUGGAUCUCUUCAAGGAACCCUGGACGACGAAAUGUAUGGAAUGCACAUUGACAGCGACAAUGCCGCGAAAUUACGAUCAUCGUACAUUCACGAUCAAGUUCAUGAUUUCCGUCUAUUGACACGGAUUCGAGGAGCUACAAAAGAUGACCCCUUUCGUUUCUGUGGCGUCACAUGGGCAGAUUUAGGGCAUACUGGCUACGGUCCAUUUGCAAAGAAACGUGAUUAUUGUGUCGUCAUGUCCAUGGGAGUCACGACGACUGGACGUAAAGAACGGAUUGGAUACUACGUUGUUCAUUCAGUAGGCGUGACUUUGAAUGGUCCAAUGGGUAGAAGCACGCAACUUGGACUCGAAAGUUCUACCAACACGACUUGCAACUAUAUUCGAGCAAAAAGUUCCAUGUGCUGGCUGAAAUGUGAACUACCUAAUGGUAACGUUGAGCUCUACAUGCAGGGCUUCUUUGCACCAAUGGGUAGUAUCCCAGAGUUUGCGGCUGUCAAUGCAGCUCUCACUGCCGCCUUUGGACUUGCACAGACUAGCGAUACUGCCUAUUCAAAGAAAAUCCGCUGGAUGCUACACGAUUCAGUGCGAUCAACACGUCGCAGAUUGGUAUCGUUGUCGGCGGAGAAUUGUGUCGGACGUUGCAAACCGUAUUUUGGUGUGACUAAGAAGCGAAAACUUGGAUGCUGCUUUAUCUGUCGAGCGUUGGUCUGUAGUUCCUGUCGGACUAUACGCAAAGUAACAGUAGACGUGGCAACUGACAGUGUUGUUCAGCAAACACGUUGCUGUAUUUGCUUACUCUGUAUGGCAUAUGCCAAACAGAUUAGUGCUGAAGUGUUCGCGGUGAGAGAAAUGGCCAUGUCACGUACCCGAAACUAUCCGACACUUAGUACCUAG